CUCCUUUCCCCAUUUCCGUCACUUCCAAGUUCCACCGGCUCCGUACGGACCUUUCCCCCAUUUUUUCUCAACCAACACAUCUACAACUCAACCCAAGGUUUGGGUUUGUUCCGGAUGGAAUCUUUCACUUGUACCGACGACAUUUCUUUUGGUCCUGCAGUCAAGGGCUGUCGUGGGGACUUCGACUUCACGCUCAAAUUUGAAACUAUCAUUCUCUCAAUCCUCCCAUCAGCAACGUUUGUUGUUCUCUCAAUCCCUCGGGGUAUUUGGCUGGCUCGUAAAUCAACUGUCAAGGGCAAUGUAAUCUUCCAGUCGAUCAAACUUACAGCAGCAGUCAUUUUCCUGAUACUGCGACUGGUGCUUCUAGCCCUGGCAAUUAUCGAGCCAUUUGAGUUGCCUGCAUUGUUCAUCACGGCCAACUCACUGGGCCUCGUCACGGCAGUUGGAGUUUCCAUCCUAACGUAUCUCGAGCAUUCUCGCUCGCUACGACCAUCAAUUAUCCUCAGCGCGUUUCUCUCGCUAACUAUUCUUUUUGACAUUGCCCAAGUUCGAUCCCUCUGGCUCCUGGCUCACACGAACUUCCAAUUUGUCUAUGUGCGACUUUUCGCUACAGUGAUUGUCUGGAAGGCAUUUCUCUUUUUGCUGGAGUCACUGCACCACCAGAGAUGGUCCAAGUGCGACCACAAGACCCACAGUCCAGAAGAAAUCUCUGGCCUGUAUGGACUAGGCACCUUUUUAUGGCUCGUCCCCCUUGUUCUGUCAGGCUACAAGAAAGUCCUGGAAUUGUCUGAUCUUUACCUGCUGGAUCGAAGCGUGUCAAUCGAAGCCCUGCAGAAAAGCUUUGCCAAGCAUACUCAGCGCGCCGUUUCCAACGGAGACCAACAAGGCUUGGCUAAAGCAGUUGCUCGCACGUUAGCAAUCCCUUUCCUACUGCCCGUCGUUCCUCGCCUCGCGCUACUCGGCUUUACACUUUGCCAAUCCUUUCUCAUCGAGACGAUCCUCAAGUGGCUCGCUAAGUCAAAAACUGCCCUGACAGUCAAGGAGGGAUGUGCGCUCAUCGGAGCGACAGUAUUAGUGUACGUGGGAGUGCCAAUCCUCACAGCGCUCUAUUGGUAUCUCCAUGAACGGGCCUUAUUCAUGAUCCGGCCAUGCCUAGUAUCGGCAAUCUACAAAAAGACCACCCAGCAACCAAUCCCCGCUGGGGAUGACAAGGCAGCUGUCACGUUGAUGAGCACCGAUGUCGAAAGGGUCAUGAUGGGUCUUAUGCAGCUGCACGAAUUCUGGGCCAACCCCCUCCAGGUGGCGAUAGUGAGCUGGCUUCUUCAGCGUCAGAUCGGCACCGCCUUUGUGGCGCCGCUCAUUGUUGUCAUCCUCGGCGCCAUUAUGUCAACGGUCGUGAUGCGGUUCGUUGGUCCUAAGCAGAUAGCUUGGAUGCAAGCAAUCCAGAAGCGGGUCGGGCAUACCUCAACCGUGAUUGCUACCAUGAAACCCUUGAGAAUUUCUGGACUUACCCAGCCAGUGGAAGAUUCCAUUCGGGGAUUGCGGCGGGACGAACUGCACGCUGGAGGAAGGUUCCGAACCUUUCUUGUGGCCGCAGUGGGGAUCGGAUUCAUGCCGGUGCUUCUUAGCCCUAUCUUUGCCUUUGCGUUUAGCUUGGGCAAUUUGAACACCACCACCAUUUUCACCUCCCUCGCCUAUCUUCAGCUUCUUUGUGGGCCAUUCUCCACCCUCUUCCAAGUCGCUCCCCAGCUGCUUGCGGCCUUUACAUCUCUGUCAAGAAUCCAGAUAUUUCUCGAGGGAGAGUCGAGACACGACUAUCGCCGUCCCCUCAUGUCCGAUGAGCCCUGGAAAGAAAAGGCUGCAGGGGAGAAGUUGCCCCCAGUGGUAAAUAUCACGGCUGGGGGCUUCGGCUGGCAAUCAAACGUGCUCACCUUGAAGAACAUCCAUGUUUCGUUCUCCGCAGGAUUGAAUAUGAUUUAUGGUUCAGUUGCCUGCGGAAAGACCACACUGUGUAAAGCGCUGUUAGGAGAGAUUCCGUUCACGGAAGGUGAGAUCUCCCUACGGACUAGGUUCCGCCAAAUUGGAUACUGUGAACAAGUUCCCUUUCUUCCCAAUGCGAGUAUUCGCGAUGCCAUUCAAGGGUACUCUACAUUUGAUGCUGAAAGGUAUACGAGCGUGAUCGAGGCCACAAUGCUUUCUCGCGAUCUGCAGCUGCUCCCUCAGGGUGACCAGACCCAGAUUGGCAGUGAUGGGAUCGCACUCAGUGGCGGCCAGAAACGGCGAAUCGCGCUUGCCAGAGCAUUAUACCUUCAGUGUGACCUGUUGAUCCUGGACGAUGUUCUCAGCGGACUGGACGCGACAACCGAGGAGCACAUUCUUCACGCGGUCUUCGGUCCUUCAGGGAUCCUGAGGGCCAGAGGGGCGGUCGCGAUCUUCUGCACCAGUGCCCUUCGGCAUCUUUCUGCAGCGGACUAUAUCGUUUCAUUGGGAGAGAAUGGGAAAAUCGUCGAGAAGGGGCCACCCGGCGAUCUCCGCACCCUCACUUUGCAAACGGCCGCCGCGAGCGAAAGAGGAACGAUUUCUCGUCCUUCCUCUCCACCAUCCGCACCGACAAACCAAUCUCCCACAGCACAUGGUUACAAAGCAGUCAGUCCAAAGAUCAAGAGCGGGAAAUCGAGCCGAGCCAUUGGAGAUGCUGCCGUCUUCUUGUACUACUGCCGCAGCAUUGGCCCUUGGCUGCUCAUCAGCUUCGCCACAUUCGGCGUUCUGUGCGGGUUUCUCUACAACUUUCCCACGAUCUGGAUCGGCUACUGGAGUACUGAUACCUUCGGCCAAUCAAAGUCCUUUUACCUCGGAAUCUAUGCUUGUCUCCAGGGUCUGGCCCUAGCCACCAUUGUCAGCGAGGCCGCCAUCGGCAUGCUGGCCAUAAUCCGUACCUCGGGAUCGCGCUUGCACGACGCAUUGCUGCGGACAGUCAUUGCCGCUCCCUGGUCCACCCUAUCCCAGACCGACACAGGGGUCCUCACUAACCUGUUCUCGCAGGAUAUGACCUUGAUUGACGGAGAGUUAGCUCAGGCGCUGAUUAAUACUUCCCUGCAGGUUUGGAUUGCCAUCGGUGGGGCCGCGGUGAUCGUCGCCGGCUCAUCGCCUUACACCCUGAUCGCCUACCCCUUCGUGCUGGCCAUCAUAUACGCAAUCCAGCGUUUCUACUUGCGCACCUCCCGUCAGCUCCGCCUGCUGGAUCUCGAGGCCAAGAGCCCUCUGUACAGCCACCACCUCAAUACGAUCAAGGGAGCUGCCACGCUCCGCGCAUUCGGUUGGGUCAACGAAUCAAUCAGCGUGAACAAUGCGCUGCUCGACACAUCCCAGCGCCCCGCGUACUUGCUAAGCAUGAUCCAGCGAUGGUUGUCCUUUGUUCUCGACAUGGUAGUGGCUGUUCUGGCUGUGCUAGUCGUAGCACUGACCACCCAGCUUCGCGACACAAGUGCCGGCUUCACCGGAGCCAGCCUGGUCGCCCUGAUGAGCUUUGGCAAGACGCUGGCCGGCUUAGUACGCAUGUACACAGCCCUCGAGACUUCCAUUGGUGCUGUAGCCCGGAUCAAAGCAUUCUGCGACAGCGGGGCUGGCGGUGCCGGGCUUGAGGAGAAUCGGCUGGAGGAUGACAGCAGUAAGGACGGCGGCAAUACAACCCGACUACCUGCCUCAUGGCCUGAUAAAGGCAGGAUUACAUUCCAGCAUGUUUCUGCUUCGUACAGCAACGACGCCACUCCCGCCUCAGGCACCCUCGCCAUCAGAGAAGUCUCAUUCACAAUUGAACCCGGACAAAAGGUCGCGAUUUGCGGGAGAACCGGAAGCGGAAAAUCGACAAUCCUUCUUCUCCUCCUCCGCCUCUUGGACCCAAUCCGCUCACCACGGACCACAACAACCACCACCAACACAAACGAAGACACAGCCCUAACAAUCGACAACAUACCGCUGCCCUCAAUUGACCACGCAACCCUCCGCCAUCGUCUCAUCGCCGUCCCGCAAGACGCCAUCUUCUUGCCCGACGGCACCGCCUCCUUCCGCACGAACCUCCUCGCUCCAUUUCCCGACAAGACCACUGAUCCCGCAGAGUGCCAGACCAUCCUAGAGCGCACGGGUCUCUGGGACGUGGUCACAGAGCGGGGAGGCCUCGAUGCCUCCUUCACAGCCGACGCGCUGAGCCACGGCCAGAAGCAGCUGUGGAGUCUGGCGCGCGCGGUGCUGCGGCGGCGGGUGCGCGCGAGGAGGUCGGAGGAGAAGCGAUGCGCUACAAUGCCUUCUGGUGCUGGCCUUUCUUCUGGAAAAGUAGCGGCAAAGACCCCUGCCGUCUCGGUGGAUGAUCGGGAUCGCCUCCCUUUUAUGCAUCAAGAUAUAAUAAGCAAUGCCAGCGGGGGGAUCUUGCUGCUUGACGAGAUCGACAGCGGCGUGGACGCGGCGACGCAGCGAGUGAUGCACGACCUCAUCUGGAGUGAAUUCGCGGGGUACACGGUGGUGAUGGUGGGGCAUCGGCUGGAGUUCGUGGGGGAGUUUGACAGGGUUCUGGUCAUGGAUGCGGGCCGGCUGGUGGAGGAUGGGUCGCCACGGGAGUUGAUUGCUCGGCCGCAGGGCUGGUUUAGGGAUUUGUGGAUGGUUGGGAGGGCAGAGGCUUGAUAGAGGGUCUUGGGGUUUGUCUGCAUGAAGCAGGGCUGGUCGUCUGUAUACUCACUGGGAAAGCAGCGUUCUGGGGG